UGGCAGCCAUUUUACAUCCUCAAGAGUGAAUGAGUGGAGCCGAACCAGUGCCGGGAGUUGUACACUUUUUCUCUUGUAAUUAUCAAAAUUUCCUUCCGAAAUAAUCAACACCAUACAAGUUGGUGAUACAUCGGCAGAUUUCUGGAGACAUGGCCACAGAACAUAUUAAUGGAAAUGGUCCAGAAGAACCAAUGGACACCACUGCUGCAGUUACCCAUUCUGAACACUUCCAGACUUUAUUAGAAGCUGGUUUACCACAGAAAGUUGCUGAAAAACUAGAUGAAAUUUACAUAGCAGGUUUGGUAUCACACAGUGACCUAGAUGAUAGAGCGAUUGAGGCUCUGAAAGAGUUCAACGAAGAAGGUGCUCUGCAAGUUCUGUUGCAGUUCAAGGACAGCGACCUCUCACAUGUUCAGAACAAAAGUGCCUUUCUUUGUGGAGUUAUGAAGACAUACAGACAGAGGGAGAAACAGGGGACCAAAGUCUCAGACUCCAACAAAGGACCAGAUGAGGCCAAAAUCAAAGCCCUGCUGGAGAGAACUGGCUACACGCUCGAUGUGACAACAGGUCAGCGGAAGUAUGGAGGCCCCCCUCCGGAUUCGGCUCACUCAGGGGCACAGCCCACAAUUGGUACAGAGAUUUUUGUUGGCAAGAUCCCUAGAGAUCUAUUUGAGGAUGAGCUGGUCCCUCUGUUUGAGAAAGCCGGGCCCAUUUGGGACCUGCGUCUGAUGAUGGACCCCCUCAGUGGCCUGAACAGAGGUUACGCCUUUGUCACUUUCUGCACUAAAGAGGCUGCGCAGGAAGCUGUCAAGCUGUGUAACAACAAUGAAAUUCGACCCGGCAAACACAUUGGUGUGUGCAUCUCCGUGGCCAAUAAUAGACUAUUCGUUGGCUCCAUCCCCAAGAGUAAAACAAAAGAGCAGAUUGUGGAAGAAUUUGCUAAAGUCACAGAGGGUCUUAACGAUGUCAUACUGUACCAUCAGCCAGAAGACAAGAAAAAGAACCGAGGCUUUUGCUUCUUGGAAUAUGAAGACCACAAAACUGCCGCUCAGGCCCGCCGCCGGCUGAUGAGUGGCAAGGUCAAGGUGUGGGGGAACGUGGUGACUGUGGAGUGGGCAGACCCCAUAGAAGACCCUGAUCCUGAGGUCAUGGCCAAGGUGAAAGUGCUGUUUGUCCGGAACCUUGCGAGUACUGUAACGGAGGAAAUACUUGAAAAGGCCUUCAGUCAGUUUGGCAAGUUGGAGCGGGUGAAGAAGCUGAAAGACUACGCCUUCAUCCACUUUGAAGAGAGAGACGGCGCAGUCAAGGCCUUGGCCGACCUGAAUGGGAAAGACCUGGAGGGAGAGCACAUUGAAAUAGUCUUCGCAAAGCCACCUGACCAGAAGAGGAAAGAACGCAAAGCCCAAAGACAAGCGGCUAAGACACAAAUGUAUGACGAUUACUAUUACUACGGCCCACCCCACAUGCCACCUCCCACAAGAGGCAGAGGACGAGGCGGCUGCCGAGGAGGCUACUCUUACCCCCAUGACUACUACGGCUAUGAAGAUUACUACGAUUACUAUGGCUACGACUACCACAACUACCGGGGCGGCUAUGAAGACCCCUACUACGGCUAUGAGGACUUCCAAGCUCCCGGCCGAGGACGAGGAGGGGCCCGAGGCGGAGCCCGUGGUGGUGGUGCCACCCUAUCCUCCCGGGGCCGUGGAGCUGCCACACCCAGGGGCAGAGUGGGUGGCUUUUCCCAGCGAGGUGGAAGUGGCCCUGGAUCGAGCAGAGGUGUGCAGGGGACCAAAGGGGCACUGGCAGGGAAAAGGGGUCGAGGCCGGUCCUGACCUGUCACUAUGAAGACUGACUUACUGUGUUGGGUUACACCAGAAGCUGCAAUGGAUACGAAUGGAAAAGUCAGCGAAAUGGUCCAAUAUUCCAGCCUUACAGAAGCAUCUCCCCCAAACUGCCACCUAAACAAUCACCGGAUUAUUUAGAAAAACUUGCCUCCCCCUGUAUGCCCCAACACCCCCCAAAAAAUGCCAUUUUAAAUAAUUAUUGAAGAAUUUGCACUUUUUAAGUUUCUUAGUUUGAAGUGGCUCAAAGGAGCUUGAUGCUAUUGUAUAUUUUUGUGCUAAUCGCAAUUUUUAUUGUCGGAAUAUCCCUGUUAAUCUUAAUCGUUUGAUUUGGAUGUUUGAAGAGAACAUUUGCAGGUUUUAGGUGUAACCACCUGGCAUGGAUAAGUCAGGCAUUCCAGGAAAGUGGUUCUUUUCAGAACUUGUCUUUUUAAAGGGUUGGUUAACUACCUCAGUACAGAGGAUUAAACUACCCGGCCUGUACUGUAAAUAGGGAAACUAUAUUGAUGAAAGCAGGGCUUGUUUCCUACAAAAUAUGCACAAGAGCAGCAGCACAACCGAAAGGACUUAACGUAAUAGUCAAUUUGCUGCAGCUCUGACACGGCAAACAGUCAAACUGGGCAUGCAAAAAUAAUCUCAUAUGAUGAGCCUGAACAAGCCCUGCUUUUAUCCUAUUUUGAACUGAAUAAGCCACCUUGCUUCUUCAGAUUAUUGUAGUUACUGGUUGUAUAGUUUGGAAAAUGUUACUUUUGUAAAGGCUUGAACAUCAACAAAGGCAUCAACUACCUUUGAAAAAGCCCUGCAGUGUCCCUUUGCCACUCCAAUGGAUUUUUUGGUUUUUAGAAUAGAUCAGAAUUAUGUUCAGUAACACCCCCUUUAGUGUAAAAUAAAUAUCCCAAUCAUGCGACAUCUUGAAUGGUCCCUCUAACUCUGAGCCAGCUACAAUGUAAUCAAGUCUCUUGAUUAAAAAUGAAUUGCCAUACUGCCCAGCCAGCGAGCAUGUGUGCCUGUAGCUGUUUCGAAGGGGAUCGUGAUCAUACAGUGGUAAAAGGGAUACUGCAGCUAUUAUUUGUAUUCCAUGUGUAUAGCAAAAAGGAGACUGAACUAUUCAUCCGGUUUUGUACACUGUUAACUCCCUCUCAAUAAAAUAAUUACAACCACCUUUUGAAAAAAAAGUUAGCAGUUUUAAACUAUUGUUGGUGGCCAACAACGUUUUUUGCAUUCCUGCAAAUAAAUUGUUUUAUACUGUAAAAUGGAGGUGAGUAACUUAUUUUUGUAAUAAAGUUUUUGAUUUCUA